CCUCGUGCACGCCGACGUACGAGCGCCGCCGCCUCGACUCGACACGUAAACUUUCCCGAAUAAGUUUUCAACCGAAGAAAAGUGCGGUGUGCCCCGAAUGAAAUUGGAUGCAAUUUGUGCAAUUUAUGCAGUGCUCUGUGAUAGAAUUAUUACGUGAUCUCGAGUUUGGAAACUGUUAUGUAAUGGGACUAUUUUAUUGGAUGAUUGGUUUUUAAUUAAAUACUCAUGCGGUGUCGAGUGAGAUGAACGGGCCGCGCGGUGGGCCGGGCCCGCAGUGACGCAGCAUGGGGUCCGUAUGGCACGUGCGCGCCUUUGUGCUGGCGCUACUACUGCUGUGUGAAGAGUACACGGUGACGAGCCUAGAACUGCUAGAGCUGCGGGUGCCAGCACAUGUGCCUCUAGGGACACGGCCGUCCCUGUCCUGUCGCUGGCAGCUGGGCCCCAGUGACGUGCUGUACUCGGUCAAGUGGUACAAGGAUGGAAAGGAGUUCUUCAGGCAUGUUCCAAGAGACGUUGAACCGAGAAGAAAGUUUUUACUGCCUGGAGUUGAUGUAGAGAACUCAAGUCCUAACGGCUCGAAUGUAACACUUUACCCGGCUGUCCUGGAGACAGGCGGACGGUACCGCUGCGAGGUGUCCGGUGAGCGACCACUGUUCCCCACCGUCUCCGACCACGCGGAUAUGACUAUAGUUGCUUUGCCUGCAACGGGGCCGAUUAUAACAGGCUCCCGUCUGCGGUACCAGAUAGGGGACAGAGUGCAAGUCAACUGUACAUCGGGUCGAUCGCGACCCGCCACCAGGCUGACGUGGUAUAUUAACGGGGAGCCUGCGCCCUCCGGUGCAGUCUUACCCCCAGAACACUUCCAACAUGACGAUGGCCUCGAGACAACUACUCUUGGCCUCGACUUCAAAGUUAAAUCUAAACAUUUUAGAAAAGGAGAUCUUAAGUUAAAAUGCCUCGCAACCAUCGCCACAGUUUAUUGGCGAAGCAACGAAGAGAGCGUGCAGGGCGAAAAACUGAAAGGAUACGCGCGUUCACGAGAAUUGCUUGAAGGAACAUCGCGCGCCGAUCGCGUGCAGGCCACUGGACAGUCGGCCGAGUGUCGCGCGACAUUGCCUUCAAUACUAAUUCUACUAGUACAUUACUCAACAGUACUCCGUAGAUUCUAACCUAAUUUAUACAGUACGCAUUCCAAGUUGCAGUACAUAUCCAAAGUGUGAAAUGUAUUAUAGUUAUGUGUAUAGAUCUUUUAAGGCAAAUUUUGUGUACGGAUAAUUAGUCAAAUAUUGUCAUGAGAUAAAGAAAAUAAAAAUACAAAUUGAAAUAAUAUUAUAUAGACUUCACGCAAAUAAAUCAUGAUAAAGCCGAUUGCAUGUUUUACCAUUGUAUAUUUUAUCAUACGGAAACUGCCAUUUUGAGGUUUUAAUGAACUUGUAUUGAACACAACCUAGUGAACAAUAAUUGAAGUAUGCAACCAAAUUAUAUUUAACAAUGUACGAUAUUUGUAAAAUAUAUUUAUUGUUAUUUAGCGUAGUUUUAAUUAAUUUUCGAUAAUGUUAUUAGGUGACAGUCUUAAAAGCUCGCCCUACACCGCGCAUGAAUUGCGUCCGUAAAUCAUUUUGCCUGCAAUUUGUGCGUUUAACUUCUACAUGAAAAAGAUGUCCCUCUACACUCCCAGAAUUUCACUUUCCCAAAACUUUUCAAAGUCUAGUUUGUAGUCACUUUGUGGUGGACAAUAGUACCGGCAUAGGACGGAGCGCCGCGAAGGUUGAACGCGAAGUCACAAAACCUUUCGCACUAUAGUCGUUUUCGCAUCGCAAAUGUAGAGCUAGCUUGAGAAUAAUUGACACUACUACCAGAGUGAAUGUGCUACCACCUUUAUAUACUUUCUCUAGACAUCAGAAGCUAUUUUAUUAGAGCUUGAUGAGAUGAUAAUUAUACUAAGCGACUCUAUGCUCUUAUUUAUAAAGUGUCUAUACAAGCCAAUGUGCCGUCGUAAUGGUAAAUACCUAAUCCAAUAAUAUACCUAGCUGCGAUUGCAAGUAAAUAUUUGCUUUGUACUAAUAAUUAGGUACAUCAUGAAAUUUUUUGGUCUUAUUUACUUAAAUUGUUAUUUAACUGUUGGAUAGUCCGUGCAUAAUCGAUACUCGAUACAAAUAAGAUAACCUGGAUUUAUAACACAAAUCCAAACUAUUAUUACGAAUUCGCCCAAUACCUACCUACCUUAAUUAUCAUCUCAAUCUUUAUUAAUUAUCAUCGAUCCUUCCAAGAAUCACUACACUAAACUUAGUUUAGAGUUAAAAUUACAUAGGCUCACUUUAGAAACAUUAAAAAAAAACACUGAAUUUAACAUUUGAAUAAAUAGACUUGGGAAUCCAUGUAUUGAACACAACGACUAUAUUACUAGAAAAUGUAACUGCUUUGUUAACAAAUUCAGUCAAUUGUAUUUGUUUCGAGUUUAGAUAUAGCUAAACUAAGUAUAAUUUGUUAUAAAUUUGUCUAAAAGAAAACUUAUUUAAAAAAUCGGCACUGAAAUAGGUAGGUACUUCAUUAUAAUGUUAUAGUUCUUAAAAUGCAAGAUUGUUUUUAUCGCCUCAAAGUGAUCCAAAGAACUGUAUUUUUUACCAAAGCUACAAUUACCAUUAACGUGUAAAACGAAAUGUUUUAAUAAUACAAUUACGCGGUUUAUAUUAUGUAUAUACAAUUUGAUAAAGCAAAUUUGAAUAACGUAUUUUAAUAUUGAGUACCACCAAAAUUUAUCGCUGCUUUAAUAUGCAGAUGAACCUACAAAAUAUGGCUUAAUGAUUUAAAGCCACAAGUAGGUAUGUUAUUGUAGUAAUUUUAAAAUUGUAAACAUAAUUUUUGUUUGUUAUGUAAAUGAGAAAUAAAUAUAAUUUAGCCCCUCCAUUCAAAGAUCAAGAGCUUUGUAUAGACUUUUAAGUAAAGACUUUUAAGAAGACCUUGCCUUGUGCCAACCCUGUUACAAAAUUAUAUUUUGUAACCCUGUUACAAAAUUAUACUGAACAGGAUAGAAAUUCUAAGAAAUCACUUUUGUUUUUUAAUUAUAACGCAAACCAGACGAUGUAGUAUCGGGAAAAUCUGCCUAGAACAUUUUUAUUCAUAGUAGGUACCUACUUAUCAAGAUUAAGAACGACUGUUCAAAAGCGAAAGAACUAAAUGAAAUUAUACUUAGUAUGUAAAUGCUGUGCAGUCUUUCCAUCCUGUUUAGCAAAAAAUAUGUCAAAAUAAAAAAUUUACUGACGAAACCUUUUUAAAAUAUUUCUUAACAUCAUAUCGCGUUAACUUGAAGACUUUUCCCUUUACCUGUAUCACUUUGACAUGUUAGGACUCAGGACCUAUCUUAGCAAGCUAAAUUCUUGUCACGCCUUAGCCCCUGGGGGCAGUUCUUGUUUUAUCUUUGUACCUCUGGAAAAUAAUAUUGCCGUAAGACUUAAUAAUUGAGGCCGCAUACACGAAACUUUCAAAACAUCGGCAAUGGAGGAUUUGUUUGCUUUUAGGAAGCUAGAACCUGUGAUAGAACUUUUAGCUCUACACAUUUGAAUAUUAUUAAUAUUGGCCUGUCUAAAGCUAUGACACUGAUCCGUGCUCAUAUUUUGUAUGCCAUGCAGCGAUUUAUUGAGGCACAAACGCUCAAAUGCAACAAGUCACCAAAGCACGAUGCAGCAUCAAAAUAUGUGAUCAAAGUAGUCUCAAAAUGGCUGAUUGCCGAUGAGAAAGGUAUCGAGCUUGUUUGGCCUUCAGAGGAGUCUCUCCGUCACUCACUUCAUACAAAC